GGCACUCAUUCUCCGACUUAGGUCACCACCCCUUUCCGGACCAUUGUGUAUCCAGAUUUAGACUUUACUCCCGUCCGCCUAUAUAAACCCCUCUUGUGUUUUUCUUUCAAGCACAACAGGUUCCUCUCCCUCCAUCCCUACCCUUCUACACCUUCUUUGAGCCCGGAGCUCUAUACUUUCCUUCAAACGUUCAAUCUCUUCCGAAUUCUUCUUUCAACUUUCACCAUGCUUCACUUCAACUCCCUCCUGGUUCUUUCUGCAUCGAUCGCACUCUCUUCGGCACUUCCUCUGCAGAAGCGUAUCGCUCAGACCAUCGCCGAUUCCACACAUGACUGGGAACAAGCAUGCCUCGCCGCGGGUGGCGCGGGUCAAUGCAACCCCCUGUCCCAGACCGCUUUUACCAGUCUCUUGGCUGCCGGGGGAAACUGCGACCAACAAAACGCGGCCGACCAGAUGAUCGACCUUGCCAAACAGCUCGGCAAUGACGCAGAGAUGAUCAGGUUGACCCAGCUGUUCGUUCAGCAGCCCCGCAAUGCUCCCGACAGCUUGCAAGUUCCCUACUGCCAAACUGCACCAAAAAACGCCGAACUCAACGGGCUGUUCCACUGCGAGUUCGCAGGGUCCGACUUUACCAAGUUCAGCGGUGACCAGACCGGCAAUGUUCCUCUCGGAUUGACUGCCGUCAAUCCCCCGGGUUCGUGUCCCGCCAAACCCGACGGUCCGGUUCCCGACGGCGUCCAGCUGAACACUCUCGUUACAAACCCUAUUGCCGGAUCCACCAGUUCAAACUCUUCGUCCUCUACCAGCUCCACCUCUGUCGCCAGCUCCGGGUCCACUACCGCCUCCGCUGCCAACAACGGCGGAGCCGGCGUCGCAGCGGGCAGUUCGUCUACAGCCUCAGCGCCAGCGGUCGCCACAGCCUCAACCAGCUCCGCGGCCGACACCACCGGUUUCCAAAAACAAAACGGUGAAGACGCCAAGACUCUCAAUGCGCAGUUCGCCAGUCUGACCGCAUCGUCCCCUUGUACCGACGGGGACCAGGCCUGCGUCAACGGUGGGUUCGCACAGUGUGUUGGGGGUCAGUUCACCAUCACCCAGUGCGCUGGGGGCACUCAGUGCUUUGCCCUCCCGCUCGUGAACAAGGCUGGAACGUCCAUCGCGUGUACUACCCAGGCUGAUGCCGAUUCGCGCAUUGCUGCCACCGGGGCUUGAGGGAGAUGAUUUUUAUCUUUGAACAUUGUUUAUACAGCUGUGUAUGUUAUGGGUAUCAAUGGAGGUAGAACCUUGUUAUAUAACGUCCAAGUUC